AUGUCAGAAGAUUCAUUACAUACUGCCACAUUCACGAAGAUAAAUGAGUCAGGUACGCAAACUAAAUCACAUCUAACUGUGCUUCUCAAUCCUCUGUUGAAUUCUUUAUUCAAUUGUCCAGAUCCCUCGUCUUUCCCACUGAAAAAGAUAUUUAAUAAGAUUAAUAAAAAGGAUUCCCAAAAAUUUGCAUUAUUAGUCCCACCGUCACACAUAUUGUAUAACUUCAAGGAUGUUCAUUCAAAUACAAAACUUUAUGAUUUAUGUCAUUAUGAUAUUCCUUUUAUGUCUGCACAUAUCAUUCAAUUGGAUCAGAAAUAUAAAAAUUUGAAUCCUUUAAUACAUAGCAAUGAAGUCAAAUACGAUUUUGAAACAUUGAAUAAUCUUUCCCUAAGUGUAGAUUUUAGUAAAAAAUCAUUGUACGUGACUAAUGACUCCCAUAUAGAUAGGAAAUUUAAGAUUUUGAAAGUAACUACAUUGACUAAUUUUAAUGAUUAUUUCCCCGAUAAAUACUAUACUACCAUAUUCAUAGAUCAACCUCUAGUAGACCCAAAGAGAAUAAUACCUUGUGCUUCUUAUUUUAUCAAAAAUCAUUCUUAUUCAAUGGGAACAACUAACAACUUAACUUCUAAUGAUCAAAAAAUAAAUACUUUGAGCCAAGAUAUAUCUCAACACAACAGGGCCACUUUCGAGAAGAUUGUACAUUCUAAUCAGCGAUGGGUACAAUAUUUUAAAGAAACAUUCGAACAAUUUUUAUCAGAUAUAAGUACCACCAAAAAUGGAAAUCCUAUAAAUAACUUAAACGCAUUAUCCAAUACAUUUCAGACAAUGGUAAGUAAUUCAAUAACUAUUGCUAAAGAGGAAAUUCUAUUCAAACCCAUUGGUCCCGAACUUCCUAGGGUGAUACAGGAUUACAUGGAAGAAAAAUUAUACGGUGCUAUAUGGAACGAAUUGCAAACACGGGAAGGGAAUGAGAAGUCUGAAUUAUCUGAGGUAUUUUAUAGUUUAGAUUAUCUUUCGAUUGAUCAACUAGACACAGAUUUAUAUGCAACAGAUUUUCAAAAAUUUAAGUUAUCCCUUAUUGUGAAAUUGGAAAAAAAUUUAAAGCAGGCAAUUGAAAUGUUUAUGAAUUUCAAAAAAACUAACACAUUCUUUGAAAAGACAAAGAUACUGACGCAGACAUUACAAAUUUUAUCGACACCUCUAGAAGACCUCCCAAUUGAUGCGGAUACCCUUCUGAGUUUGUUAGUUUUGGUGAUCAAUAAGACACAGACAAGAAAUUUAAGGUGUCAUAUCCAAUAUCUACAGAAUUUUUAUUAUAGUGACGAUGGCUCUAACCCCACGAAAUUUGGUAUUUUAGGUUAUUCGAUCUCUACUUUAGAAGCUGUCGCUUUCUAUUUGGAAGAUGCUGAUAAUGGAAAGUUUUUACAUCUGAAGCAAGUUCAGGAAACAAAGAUAAAAGAUUUAAUUGAAUUUAUUAAAGAUGAGAGCAAGUCAAAGGAAAUAUUAAACUUAAAUGAAUAUAGAGAUGUGUUAAACUAUAGAACUGAAAAGGGAGAAUCAAUUCUAAGUCUUUGUGUCUCUAAUUUUAAGAUGAAUCUGGUUGAACAACUGCUAGACAAUUUCCAAAAUGAUAUCACUCUAGAUGAUCUAUUAGACGAUACAAAUAUUGAAGGAGACACAUUAUUACUUCAGACUCUUAAACAUGGUAAUCACGACGUCACUGCCUUAUUAGUAAAUAUAUUUUUGGAUAAUUGCACAGCAUAUGAGAUAAAGACAUAUUUAAACAAGCAAAACAAUUCACAGAGAACUGUUGGUCAUUAUCUUUCUGACCAAAGUGAUCUGGUUGAGAAAAUAGGAAAAUAUAUUAAUUGGAGUUUAAAGGAUGUGACUGGGAAGACUCCUUUAUUUACGAUUUUUCGAUCUUACGAUCAGCUUAGUUAUUCUGAAAUGAUAGCCAGGGCACUUAGAGUAGCAAUGCAAUCUCAGAAUGGUUUUAUCUAUAAUGAUCAUACUGAUCCUAAUGGUAACACAUUGCUUCAUAUAAUAAAAACAGACGUGAAACUGCUAUUAGACUCAAAAAUUUUGAUAAACAUAAAUCAGAAGAAUAAGAAGGAUUUGACCCCAUUAAUGGUGUAUCUUAAAUAUAAUAGGGUUGAAAAUAUUAGAAACAUAUUGAACGAUAAAAGGCUUAAUUGUCUCAACCAACACGACACCAAAAAAUAUUUAACAUGUUAUGAAUAUAUUAGAAAUCCGGAAAUUUUGGAGAUAUUUACUAGGUAUCACAUCAAAAAUGCACCUGUAUUCCAGCACUGUAUAUGUCAUUCAUUGAGAAUAUAUUCUAAUCAAACAAAGAAUGGAUUGAUUCAGCCUUGUUCUCUACAAAUUUCAGUGUUUCAGGAAGAAGGUAAACUUUUCAAUAUUUCGUUGAAUAUCAAAGUUUUAAAAAAUAUUCUUAAACUCAUUUUGAAAAAGAAGCCGUUGACGUUUGUUCCAAUAGAAGGUGUUUUGACCCAAAUAAAUUCACUAUUGAAUAUGUCAACUGACAAUUGGAUGAUAAAUAAUCUGACUGCAUUUCAUAGGCUUCAAAAUCGAGAACAAUUGCUUGUAAAUAUGACGAAUUGUCUUGAUACUUUAAUUGAAAUAGGAUAUAUUCCUAAACAUAUUUUCGAAAAUGAUACCAACAUUUUAUUGUGGAUAAAGCAAUCUAAAGAUGAUUUGAGUGUAACACCAAAACUAGAGAAAAUAGUAGAUGUUGAACCUGAAGGAAUCAAUGCCAUAAAACAUUUUUUGAAAUUCAACCUGCAGGAGCUUGCAAAAUUGAAAAACAUUAUAUAUACACUCGAGAAACUUUUGAUAUUUCGAAACUUGAAAAACGAAGAUUGUAAUAUAUCUUUAGAUAACAUAAAGUAUAUUGCACAUGACCUAGAUAAUCAUGUUAUUCGGAAACAGUUUAGAAUCAUAUCAGAUAUCAGUAAGACGGAAAUUGUAAAUGAUAUGAAUGAUAUAUCACUAAACUUUACUCUAGCUAACUUAGAAUUUUACGAAAACAGUAUCAAUGUGUUAUAUAAAAAUAUUGAAUAUUUGCUAGAUCACCAGAUCCUAAAAUGGUGGAAGAAUUACGGUGAGUUAUUAGAAGUUAAUAGGAUGUUAAUGAAAAGUAUGCCACAAUCAUCAAGUAAUGAUAUGAAUUUAUCAGAACCGAAUCGAAAUAUAUCAGAAAGUAUUAAUAGUGGAGUAUUCGGGAAUUUCCUUGAAGGACAAAGGAUAAAAAAUGAACAGAAACUCCUACGAACAUGUCAUGAUAUAUCAUUAUCAAUGAAGAAAUUAGGGACAGAAAUAGCGCAGAGUCAUGAACUACUAGCUGAAGAAUUAAGCAAUUUUAUGAACUUUAAAGAACCUUUCCUGCAAGCUGGAUUUGUUGAGAGGAACAUAAAGGACAAUUUAUAUAACCUUAGCGAAAAUUUACUAUGGAUGACCAAAAAAUAUCAAGUAUACGAAAGUAAAUUUCACAAGGUAUGA